AUGAAUAUCCUGGGACUGGUGCUGUUUGCUCUGGUUUUAGGAGUGGCCCUGAAAAAGCUUGGCCCGGAAGGGGAAGAUCUGAUCCGCUUCUUUAAUUCAUUCAAUGAGGCAACUAUGGUCUUGGUUUCCUGGAUUAUGUGCUCAGCCACUCUCCCGUCGAUGAUCAAAUGCAUCGAGGAGAACAAUGGAGUCGACAAGAGGAUCAGCAGGUUUAUCCUUCCUAUCGGGGCGACGGUGAACAUGGAUGGUGCUGCUAUUUUUCAGUGCAUGGCAGCUGUGUUUAUUGCUCAGCUGAACAAUGUUGACCUCAACCCUGGGCAAAUCUUCACGAUUCUUGUGACAGCUACUGCGUCCAGCGUGGGUGCAGCUGGGAUCCCAGCCGGAGGAGUCCUCACCAUCGCCAUCAUCUUGGAGGCCAUCGGACUUCCGACCAACGAUCUCUCCUUGAUAUUAGCAGUGGACUGGAUUGUGGACCGAACCACCACGGUUGUGAAUGUGGAAGGGGAUGCCCUAGGAGCCGGCAUCCUUAAUUACCUGAAUGAAAAAGAAAAGAAAGAAAAAGAGCAGGAGCUAAAGGAAGUCAACGUAGAAGCAGUUGCUAACAGCAAGUCUGAAGGGGAAACAUCACCUUUGGUAACCCACAAAAACCAAGUCUCUAACACAACCAGUACAGCAGACCCUGAAUCCAAGGAAUCAGUAUUGUGAACUAGAGGCCGUUCGUCAACACGCGUCCUAGAGGUGGACUGGGGACUUGUUAACGCACCUAGACGUUUGCAGUGCUAAACAAGGGCUGGAUGGCUCUUGGGAGUUUUCAGUUCCAGUCUGUUAUGAAAUACAGUGGCCUGGGGAAGGGGGAGGGAGGUGGGGUGGGCAGUGAAAGGGUGUUGAGAAAGAACACUGGCUUUAUAAUAGUAUUUUGAUAAUUCGUAUGUGUACGUGUGUGUGUUGCACGUGCACACACAGGUACAUGUAUGUGAAAACAACGCCAUCGAGACUCCUGGUUUAACAAGACUUCUGUUAGUAAAGGCUCAUGCGGGUUGGAGAUGGGGAAGUAGACAAGCCCAUUAUGUGCUUCUUCUAGGGAAAAAUUAGGAAGCCUAUUGUGCUGCUGUUCGAGUGGAAAUGCAGUCUAGAAACUCCAGAGUGGGUGAAAAUGUUGCUUAAAUUUACUUUCUGGCCUGGAAACACUUACUGAUCAUAACAGACACAAUAUGAAGCAACAUUUUUCUCCCACUC